CAAAGUUAGGCUCGAGUCCUGCCCUGCUGGAUCUCCUGCUGCGUCUCUGACCUGGAGGAAAUGCUGUCCUUCCGGGACGUGGCCAUUGAGUUCUCUCCGGAAGAGAGGGAAUGCCUGGAGCCUGCUCAGUGGAAUCUGUACAGGGAUGUGAUGUUGGAGAAUUACAGCCACCUUGAUUUCCUGGGUCUUGCUGUCCCUAAGCCACACCUGGUGACAUUUCUGGAACAAAGACAAGAACCUUCAGGUGUGAAGAGACAAGCAGCAGCCACCGUGCACCCAGGAACAACAACCAAUGAUUAUAAUGUUUACAACAAGGCCAUUGAUUAUAGCUCACUAAGUGUUCAACCACAGAGACUUCAUACAAGAAAGAAAACUUACAAGUGUGAGGAAUGUGGUAAGGCCCUUAGUUCUUACAAAACACUUUCCAUACAUCAGAGACUUCAUACAGGAGAAAAACCCUACAAGUGUAAAGAAUGUCAUAAGGCCUUCAAUACAGGCUCAUCACUUUUUAUACACCAGAAAAACCAUACUAAUGAAAAAAAAUACAAGUGUGAAGAAUGUGGUAAAUCAUUUUACUAUCCUUCAAUGCUGAAGCAACAUCAAAGAAUUCAUUCCAGAGAGAAACCCUACAAGUGUGAAGAGUGUGACAGGUGUUUUUCCUCACCUUCAUACCUUAGACAACAUGAAGCCAUUCAUACUGGAAAGGGACCAUACAAGUGUGAAGAAUGUCACAAAGCCUUUCAUUUUUAUUCAUCCCUGAAGAAUCACAAGGGAGUGCAUAGUGAAGAGAUGCUGUCCCAGUGUAAACUGAGCGGGAAAGGAUUUACUAAGCCUGCUUUCCUCAUUGCGAGCAAGUCAGCCCAUACUGCCCAGAAAGCCCACCGGUGUGAAGAGUGUGGCAAGUUUUUUGCAUCAUCUUCAUCACUUAGAAAACAUCAAACGAUUCACUCUGAAGACAAUCCCUACAAGUGCGAAGAGUGUGGGAAAAGGUUUUCCUCCUGUGCACACCUUCAACAACAUCAGACAGUCCAUACUGGAAAGAAGCCAUACAAGUGUGAGGAGUGUGGCAAAUGUUUUGGUUUAACUUCAUCCCUUAAACGACAUCAACUUAUCCAUUCUGAAGACAGUCCCUACAAGUGUGCAGAGUGUGGCAAAAGUCUUUCCACUUUUAAAAACCUUCAAGAACAUCAGAUAAUGCAUUCUGGAGUGAAAUCAUACAAGUGUGAGGAGUGUGGCAAAUGUUUUUACUUACCUUCAUCCCUUCGGCGACAUCUAACAAUUCACUGUGAAGACAAUCCCUACAAGUGUGAAGAGUGUGGCAGGUGUUUUUACUCAGCUGUACCCCUUAGACGACAUCAAACAAUCCAUUCUGAAGACAAUCCUUAUACAUGUAUAGACUGUGGCAAACGGUUUUCCUAUUCUAGGGAUCUUCAGGAACAUCAAACAAUUCAUACUGGAGAGAAACCAUACAAGUGUGAGGAAUGUCACAAAGCCUUUCAUUAUCACUCAUCCCUUAGGAAACACAAGAAAGUUCAUACUGGAGAGAAACCCUAGCAGUAUGAAGAGUUGGACAGAUGUUUUUCCUCAUCUUCAUACCUUAGACAACAUUAAAAAAGAAGAAGAUUCAUUCUGAAGACAAUCCCUAAAAAGUGUGGGGAAUAUGGCAAAAACUUUAUUAAUCUUUCUAUCCUUAUUCAACACGUGAUAUAGUCCAUACAGGAGGGAAAUCCUACAAAUGUCUUAAAAAGUUUACUUCUUCAACCCUUAAAACACAUCAAAUGAUUGAUUCUGACUACAAACUCUGUGAGUGAGUGAACUGUGGUAAAUCUUUGCCAAAAAUUCAAAUCUUAUCCAACUCAAAUGAAUCCAUAGUGGAGACUAUUAAGAUAAUGAUUUUGGAAUGUCAAUAUGAACAUCUAACUUACAACAGCACAAAUGCUAACAAUGUCAUCAAAGGGGCAGGGCAGUGGUGGCUCACACCUUUAAUUCCAGCACUCGGGAGGUAGAGGCAGGUGGAUCUCUGUGAGUUCAAGGCCAGCCUGGUCUACAAGAGCUAGUUCCAGGACAGACUCCAAAGCCACAGAGAAACCUUGC